UGACCCUAUUUGUAACCUAUAAAAAUGGAAAAAAGUGGUGAAUUCAAUGCACAUUAUUUAAAUCCAAACCGAUACGAGGACGUAAAAGUGAAAAUAGAAAUUGAUGAUAAUCUUUACACAAUUCAACCAGAAUCCAAUGCGAAUCCACAAGAUAAUGUUGAACAUGAUCACCAUGAAACGAAAUCGCGAAUUUCAGAGAACGUACAAUUUGAUUAUUUAGAAAACCAGAUGAAAAUUGAUAUCCAGAGACAGGAGAACAAAAACUAUAGAGUUGAUAUAAGCGAGCAGAUAGAAAUAAAACGGGAAAACCUAAAAGAUGUUCAUGAUUAUAUGGAAACCAAAUGUAUUGAAGAUAAUUAUGAUCUGGUUGAGAUUAAGAUGGACUUUGAGGAACAAACUGUACAGCAAGAUGUAGUACCAAAGUUUUUAAUUAAUAAUAUCGAGUCAGUUGAGAAAAUUUUCAAAUGUGAACUCUGUGGCAAAUCAUUCAAGACUCGUGUGUACUUGAAUAAGCACAAAAAAUCCACACACACUGAAUGCAGAAAUUACAAAUGUUCCAUCUGCAGUAGGGCCUUCAAGAAAAGGAGCCACUUGAAAAGGCACAACAAGAUACACACAAAUGAUAAUCCAUAUGCUUGUGAUCUUUGUGAGAAAAGCUUUGGGACCUACUCCUGCUUAGUUAGACAUAAACUGUGCCAUACAGAGCAUAGAAACUACAAAUGUACUAUGUGCAAUGAAGCUUACAAAUCCAUUGCUUAUUUGAAUGCUCAUAUUAAGAGAGUUCAUACUGAAUCUAGAAACUUUAAAUGUGACAUAUGCGAAGCCACUUUUAAGACAAAUUCUGAUUUAAAUAAUCAUGGGCGAGUACAUACUGAUGAGCGACCAUUUCCAUGCGUGUUAUGCAAUAAGGGUUUCAAACGACAUUCGUCGUUAAGUAAACACUUUCGUACCAGAUUGCACAAGAAACACUUAAAGACAGUAUAGAUUAAUAAUUCUGAU